AUGGCGAACAUCACCUGGGGCUAUAUUGGCCUGGGCAACAUCGGAUAUCCCAUGGCUAUCAAUAUUCGAAAGAAUAUGCCAGUCUCCCAUAAGUUGAUUGUGAUGGAUUUAAACAAGGUAGCAGUGAAUAAUUUCGUGAAAGACGUUGCCAGUCUUGCGAAGAGCGGGGAUGGCGCCAAUUCAAUGCUCGUGGAAACUUCUGACAACGCUAAAGAGGUGGCGGCCAAAUGUUCUGUACUUAUCACCUGCCUCCCAUCGUCAAAGGCCGUCGAGGCUGUCUUCAAUUCCAUAGUUGAAGAUGGGGAACUUCCACCAUUGCAGCAAGAGCGUCUUUUUAUCGACCUUUCCACAAUCGAUCCUCAUACUUCCCAGAAGGUCGCCAAACUCGUCCAUGACUCGAAAAAUGGUCAAUACGUGGACGCACCCGUAUCAGGAGGCGUGGCUGGAGCUCGUGCGGGGACUUUGUCACUCAUGUUCGGCGCUCCCAGAAUUGAUACAUUACUUGAGCGGAUCCGUUCCAUCUUGUUCCUGGUGGGUGAUAAAGUUUGGCAUAUGGGUGAGCAAAGUGCCGGAGUUCGCAGCAAGAUUGCCAACAACUACAUCCUGUGCAUCAACAACAUCGCCACGGCAGAGGCAAUGAACAUGGCAAGACAGUGGGGUCUCGAUGCCAAGGCCCUCACCGAUAUGCUCAAAGUUUCGACCGGGCGUUGCUGGCCCGUGGAAGUUAACAACCCCGUCCCUGGCGUGAUCAAGGAUUCCCCCGCGUCUAAGAAUUAUGAACCGGGUGGCACCGUGGCCAUUAUCAAGAAGGAUCUUGGACUGGCUAUUGCUGAUGCAAAGGCAUCUAACGCUGCUCUUAGACUAGCGGACGUGGCAUGGGAAGUGUAUGAUGCAGUGGAGAAGGAGCACCACGGAAAGGACUUUUCUAUCGUGUACCAGUGGUUGCAGACACAGGCAUGA